AAAUUCAAAGAAAAAGAAAACACUUCUACUUGGCAACAAAAAAAAUCAGACUUCAAAAAUAUGAGUGUGGAAGAAAAACGUGUUCACUAUCGCUGUGGACGAGACUAUGUCAUGCUGGAAUCAAUUUCUCCCUGGCCUGAUUAUGUUGAUGAAAAACAACCCAAAUUUGUAAAAAAAGAGUCUGUCACUGAAGAUGAUGUUUUAAACAAGGUUUCUUUGUGGAGAGGUGAUAUCACACGUUUAGAAAUUGAUGCGAUCGUCAAUGCAGCCAACACCAGAUUGCUGGGCGGUGGUGGAGUUGAUGGCUGUAUACACCGUGCUGCAGGAAAGUGUCUUUAUGAAGAAUGUUACACGCUAAACGGGUGUGAAACUGGCAAAGCUAAAAUCACUUCAGGUUACAAACUUCCUGCAAAAUAUGUCAUUCAUACCGUCGGUCCUAUGGGAGAGAAUAAAUUGCUGUUGAAAAGUUGUUAUGAGUCCUGUCUUAGCAUAGUAAAGGAAAAAAAAUUGGAGUCUGUCGCGUUCUGCUGCAUUUCAACAGGAAUAUAUGGUUAUCCCAUUGAGAAUGCUACAGAUGUCGCUUUGAUGACAGUCAAAGAUUGGUUGGAAAAUAACAAAAGCUGGGCAGGUCGAAUCAUCUUCUGUGUAUUUUCAAAAGAUGAUUUGUAUGUAUAUGAAAAGAAAAUGCUCAAGUACUUUCCAUUCACGAAAAAAACCAAUGAACAAAUGAAUGUUGAUAAUGAUGGUAGUAGAGCUGAAAUUGACACCGGAAGUAAAUCAAAUGAUAAAGAUGAAACUAGACGUCCUUCACUAAGCAAUAAAAGUGAAGUAUUGACGAAUGAGUUAUCCAUGGUCAAAGGAAAAACUUCUGAGACAAAUAUUUUAAAAGAAAAAGGAAACAAACGACUAGAAUCAGGUGAUCCAAGGGAAACCUCCGCCAAAAAAUAUUUGCGAACAAAUGAAGAAAGUGAGCUCACUAACACAAAUUUUUCAGAAAAAGAAGAUGAACGUCAACCUUACACUAUGGAUAUGACCUCUGGGAAGAAAUUUACCAACAUGAAUUUUCCGGAAGAAGGACAUGGAGGUAAAUCUGAUGUUAUGGAAGCGGCGUCUGUGAAGAUGACGGAUGCGGGCAGUGGUAGUGAAACAUCUGAUGGUAAAAGCGAAGGACUAAAACGAAAAUUGGAACUACCUUCUGGUGGUAUUGGUAUUUCUGGAGGUUUAAAGGGAUCUAAAGGUGACAGUGAUAGCAGUGGUAGUGAGACAUCUGAUGGUAAAGGUGGAAGAAUAAAAAGAAAACUAAAAUCUCCAAACGUAGACAUAAAAGCCAAAGCAAGUGCCGAUAAAGACAAAGAUGGAAAAUCUGGCUUUAACCUUCCUAAAUUUCACAUGCCCAAAUUUGGUUUUGGUGGCAGUGGAAAGUCCAAAGGAAAAUCAAGCAAAAAAGGAAAAAAGAAAGGUUUUGAAAUGGAAGGAGAUGUUAAAUUGCCUUCUGGUGAAGUAGAAGGUGAUAUUCCCAAAGUUAGCAUUGACACUGAUCUUCAAAAUGAACCACCUUCUCUGAGUUACAGUGGCAGUGAUACUUCGGACGGGCAUGGAGGAAGGAUCAAGAGGAAACUGAAACUACCAUCGGGUGACAUAAACAUUUCUGGAGGUUUGAAAGGACCAAAAGGGGAUGCAGAUAGCAGUGACAGUGAUACGUCUGACGGCAAAGGUGGAAGGACAAAACGUAAGGUGAAAACGCGAAGCUCUACUGAAGAUGCAAAGUAUUCCAGCAGUAUUAGUCCCAAAAGAAUGAAAUUUAAAUUGCCUAAAUUUGGAUUAGGUGCUAGCAAGAAGGAGAAGAAUGCAGAGAUUGUGAAAGAAGUGGAUUCAUUGUCUGAAGAUCAGCUAGUUUUGGAUAAAUUUGAGAUACCGAAUUUUGAUAUUGAUGUGAAAACCGUUUCUUCUGGUGCUAGCAAAGAAUUCAAGAUCGAUUUGGAACAGAAGCCAGCACCAGUUGUAAUUUCAGCUUCACAAGAAAACCCUGUUUUUACUGGUCCUACCCGACAAUCAUCUGUAUCAGGAGAUUUAAUUUCAUCCACAGAUAUUUCUAUGAACGCUGACAUCUCUGGUGAGUCUGUUUCGCCCCAUGGUUCGACUAUAGUUUGUGAUGAAAAAUGUACUCGAACAUCUCGCGUGUUACCAGAUUUACAGUACGAUGUCGACUAUGGUGAUAUUGACUUUGGUGAUGUGGAUUCAGACUUUCAACAUCCAUUGUCUCAAAUUGAAAGCAAUAUCAGUGUGUCGUCCGAAGGUGGAGGCUUAUAUUCAGCUCCUUCUGGUGGAAUUUAUGCUGACUUUGACAAAAACAACGACGGCGAGGAAGAACGAAAAAUACACCAAAAACCUAGUGGUCCAUUAGUUUUUGAAGAUAUUACACGUUCCUCUCGCGAUAAACCAGAUAUCAGCCAUGACGUUGACUUUAGUACUUUUGAUUUUGAUGUUCCAUCGAUUCAAGUGAAACAAUACUACGCUGGGAAGAAAUUUACCAACAUGAAUUUUCCGGAAGAAGGACAUGGAGGUGAAUCUGAUGUUGUGGAUGCGGCGUCUGAGGAGAUGACGGAUGCGGGACAAGCAAACUGAAAUGAGUAUGUCAAGUUAUUGAUCACUUACGAAAAGUAGGUAGCCUUAUUUAUUUUUAGUUGUUGUGUAGAAACAUUUUUAUGUUACAAGACAGUAAAAGUACAGGACAAUUUGUUUAGCGAAAAUAAGCCGCGAUAAAAACACAUUCUAAUUCAAACAUUUAGAAGUGAGAUGAAUUAGCAAAGGUUAACAAGUGAGUUCAGCAUAUAAACCAUGAGCUAUCGGCUGUUGGUGUUGCUAGCCAGCCAAAUUUGGUUGUGUCACGUGAAUUUCAAGUAGUAAGGCAUAAUUUUUUUCGUUAGACAUCUAUUGUUUUUACAGUGAGCGAAAACGAAAUAUUUAAAUUGUGCGGGCUGGCUUGAGGUAAAUUGCAAGCCAGUUUUACUUUUGUAUUUAUAUGUCAUACUGAUUUAUGAAAGUUGCGGUUGGUUUGGAUUUGGCUUCUUUUCCCUCUCGUAAUGUGUUUUCAUCUCAAAAAUAAGUUAAUCAGAUUUUACUGGUUUUUGACCUGUUUUGCGGUCAUCAACAUUAUAUCAGUGUUUUUUUAUCGAUAUUUCUAACAAAAUAACUUCAGUAAAAUUCUACUUAAUUAGUCAACAGACAUGAUGGCUUGGCAUCAAGUGAAAUCAGUCUGUUUCUUAUGAUUGAUGUAUAACUGUAAUCAAAACUUGUUUGUGUAAGUUUUUGACGAUCAAUGAAAAAAUUAUAAUAUUUUUAAUUGUCCUUAA